CUGUCGGCUCAAUUUUCACACUGACAGAUGCUUAACUUAAUAUUUUCAGUGUCAAAAUUAUUUCAGCUAGAACCUCAAUGUAGUAAGCAACUUUAAGCAUUUCUAAAGCAGCUGUUUAAAAAUGUUGUUGAACUGGAAACUAAAAUGAACUGGAAACUAAAAUUCCAGCUGUACAACCACCAUUAGUCCAGUCCAGCUACACUUCAGCACUUCUGCUGAUGUCAGUGAGGCUACUCUGGCUCAAAGCUCAGCCCGUGCAAGAGUUUCUCCUGAAUGAGAGAUAUGGAUACGGUGGAUGGGUACAGCUGGAUCAUCACUGCAAGGGACAGGCAAAGAUGAUGAAGGAUGGGAAGGUUUUUAGAGUCAUUCAAGAGAACUGCUGGGAUCCAGAAGUACGGAUUAAAGAGAUGGACCAGUCAGGAGUCACCGUCCAAGUCCUGUCCACAGUCCCUGUAAUGUUCAGCUACUGGGCCAAACCUCAGGAUACUUUAGAUCUUGCCCAGAUGUUAAAUAAUGACUUAGCUGCUACAAUAAAGAAGUACCCCAAGAGGUUUAUUGGGCUGGGCACGUUACCUCUGCAAGCUCCAGAGCUGGCUGUGAGGGAAAUGCACCGCUGUGUGAAUGAACUUGGGUUUCCUGGAGUGCAGAUUGGAUCUCAUGUCAAUGAGUGGGACCUGAAUGCCCCAGAGCUCUACGAUGUUUAUGCUGCUGCUGAGAAAUUAAAUUGCUGUCUCUUUGUGCAUCCCUGGGACAUGCAGACAGAUGGGAGGAUGUCCAAAUAUUGGUUUCCCUGGCUAAUAGGCAUGCCAACAGAAACAACCAUGGCCAUUUGCUCCAUGAUUAUGGGAGGAAUUUUUGAAAAAUUCCCUAAGCUGAAAGUUUGCUUUGCACACGGAGGUGGAGCUUUUCCAUACACGGUAGGUCGAGUCUCCCAUGGCUUCAAGGUGCGCCCUGAUUUGUGUGCCAUGGAUAAUAAGGUGGAUCCAAGAAAAUACCUUGGCUCAUUUUACACAGACUCUCUUGUCCACGACCCUGGGGCACUAAGGCUGCUAACAAGUGUAGUAGGAGAGGACAAAGUUAUUUUGGGGACAGAUUAUCCUUUUCCACUUGGGGAACUGGAACCUGGAGAAUUGAUUGAUUCAAUGGAUGAUUUUGACUAUAAAGUGAAGGAUAAACUCAAGGCUGGAAAUGCUCUGGAAUUUUUGGGUCUUAGCAGAAAACAAUUUGAAUAAUUAUGAAGUACUAAAACAGCUAAACUUCGGAAAUAACAUCCCUGUAUUUCUAUUGGCAUGUGCAAUUGUGCAGAUGAAAAAUAAAACUGACAAUGAUC